AAGAUGGGAUCGAAAACUCCUUCCACAUCGACUGAUGAAGCGAAUGGUUCUGUAGAUGAAAGGUCCAGAAAAGGCAAAGUACCCAAAAGGAUCAACAAGGCUGUUCGGGAGAGGCUUAAACGCGAGCAAUUGAACGAGCUUUUCAUUGAAUUAGCUGAUACCCUUGAACUGAAUCAGCAGAACAGUGGGAAAGCUUCCAUACUAUGCGAAGCUACUCGGUUCUUGAAAGACGUGUUUGGUCAGAUUGAGUCCCUUAGAAAGGAGCACACUUCUCUGCUCUCUGAAUCUAACUAUGUAACUACAGAGAAGAAUGAGCUAAAGGAAGAAACAUCAGUGCUCGGGACCGAGAUCUCGAAACUGCAAAAGGAGAUUGAAGCAAGAUCGAAUCAGUCGAAACCUGACUUGAACACCUCCCCUGCACCUGAGUACCAUCAUCAUCAUCAACAUCAUCACUAUCAACAACAUCCCGAGCUUGCAUCUCAGUUUUCAGGACUUCCCAUUUUCCAAGGCGCUGGCUUUCAACAGUCUGCUGCAACUCCUCCUGGCGCCGCCACAGUUCUUGUCCUUCCGAUGCUACCCGAUCUCCACACGCAUGAUCCUUCAGACUUGACAGGGCGUGUCCAGACACAAGCGCCGAUGAUGAUGUAUAAUAGCUCAAAUGUGAGUAAGCCGUGUCCAAGGUACGCUAGCGCGGCUGACUCGUGGCCUUCUCGGCUACUUGGAGAGCGGCUGAGAGCUAGUGAAUGA